UCAUUGGUGGAAAUACUACUGGCGGAAAUAUCGCGAGAGUAUGUGAAGGAAGCUGAUACCGCCGGUGUCCGUGUAACAUGUUACGAAAUGCAUGUCCUUUAAUUUAAUGACAGAAGAGCGUCCAUGGCGGGGCAUAUGAAGAAGCAGUUCAAGGACGCAUUGAAGAUCAUCAGCUCGGGUAGCUUUCUGUUUGCCUCCUACCUCACUGCAGUGGGAGAUGAACGUUUCUAUGCCAAUCAGCUGAUGCCCCUGCUGCAAAAGUGUGUGGGGGCAGAGACGGCGCAUGUGUUGGCAGUGAAGAUGAUCGGUCUGGGGCUGGUUCCUCUGAACCGCUACCAGGACCCCGCAUCAUUGGAAGUGAAUGUCCUGGGUUUAAAGUUCAAAAACCCAAUUGGGAUUGCGGCGGGCUUCGAUAAGCACGGAGAGGCCGUCGAUGGGUUGUACAAGGUCGGAUUCGGCUUUGUUGAAGUGGGCACAAUCACUCCCAAACCUCAGGAGGGGAACCCCAAACCACGUGUGUUUCGACUCACUACAGACCAGGCCAUAAUUAACAGGUAUGGAUUCAACGGCUGUGGUUUGGCCGAAGCUCAACAGAGGCUGAAGGCCAGGGGCGACACACAGCAACAGCAAAGUAAAGCUGGCUGUCCCCUGGGCAUCAACCUUGGGAAGAACAAGCUGUCCCGUGACGCAGGAGCAGAUUACAUGGAGGGGGUGCGGGUGCUUGGCCCGCUGGCUGACUACCUGGUGGUCAACGUCAGCAGUCCCAACACGCCGGGUCUCAGGGAUCUACAGGGGAAGGAAGAGCUGCACCAACUCCUACAAACGGUGUUGAAGCAGCGCGACGCCCUGCAGGGAGAACAUAAACCCCCGGUCCUGGUGAAGAUCGCGCCUGACCUCACUGCCCAGGACAAACAAGACAUCGCUGAUGUUGUCACUGAGCUGGCAGUGGAUGGUUUAAUGGUGUCUAACACUACGGUGUCCAGACCGGAGACGCUCCAGGACUCUCAGAGGUCUGAGGCCGGCGGGCUGAGUGGGCAGCCUCUCAGAGACCUCUCUACCACCACAGUGAGAGAGAUGUACCACCUCACCAAAGGUAAAGUACUAAUCAUUGGAAUUGGUGGUGUGGCCAGUGGGCAGGAUGCUAUGGAUAAGAUCCGUGCCGGUGCGUCGCUGGUUCAGCUUUACACAGCUCUGACCUACCAGGGUCCGCCUGUAGUGACCAAGAUAAAAAGAGAGUUGGCGCAACUUCUUAAGGAACAGGGGUUCAGCAGUGUAUCAGAGGCGGUUGGAGCAGAUCACAGGGGAGCAGAUGGGUCAACACAUUAAAUGCUACACAGCACCUGUAGCUGCCAUCUCGUCCAAUCAGGCAACAUGAUCCUCAACUUUUCCUGAACUUUGCUGAAUGCUGAGGAUUGUCUGUCCGUCCGAGUGAUUUCAAGGAUGAGAUAUGGUCUGAACUGGGAGCUAUUGAAACCAUAUUUUAGGUACUUGUGGCGAUAAAAUUCUGAAUGCACCAAAUCUCACCUUUACUUGAACAUAUCAACAACGUUGUAAUUAAAAUAUUUUUUGUUUUAGAAAGAAGCUGAGGUUUGUUUGUGUUAGUAACACGUUCUUCAUUUGUUACAGUGUAACACAUUGUCCAUCUUAUUGUCCAUCUAUAAGAGCCUUGCUAAACAGAUAAAUCACAACAUUUUCCAGUUGUUUGAUUCAGGUGGUUUGAACCAUCUUUUCAUACGGCAGUGACGCUGCUGUUAUGACGGGCAGUGACGCUGCUGUUAUGAUGGUUUCAUUGUGGGAAGAACUGCAGAAAUCUUUUAUUGAGAGAAAUGUUAUUUGUCUGACAAGAGUUUCAUCAACUGACCCUUCCUCCUUAUCUGCAGCAGGAGCAAACAGUCCAUUGACAAUGAUUCCAAAGAUGUUUAGCCUUGGAAUACAAAGAGGAAUUUGCCAUGUUCCUGACAGCAGUAUAUAAAUACGUUCAAGUCUUUUAAGGCUGA